GCCUGCACUCGCCUUCCUGUGGCCCCGGGCUUGAGAACCUCUUUCUGAUUGCAGCUUGUCCAUGUGACUUUGGUUUCCGUUGCUUGCCUGCUUCCGUGAAUAGUAAAAAGAGGCAGCGGUGCUUCACUCAGAGCAGAGGAAGGCAGCUGAACCUCACACACGAGAACACACACUGCAACAGCGAGUCAACUAGAGAUAUGGUCAGGGGAUCAACCGUCAGUGGCUUGGGAAAUCCACACCUAACCACCAGAUGAGGAUGUUAAGAUGCCAGUCCACAGACUCACUCCCAUCCUGCUGUGCUUGUUACCCAUGUUGGGAAUCCUGACGCCGGGCUCGAGUCAUCCACAGCACAGCCGAUGCCAGCUGAUACAAAGAACGGCUCUCUGCAACAAUGGCAAGCUUUCCUUUGUGCCUGCAGGACUGCCAGACAGCCUAGAGGAGCUUCAGCUCAACUACAAUCACAUUCAAACACUACAGAACAGCUCUCUCCUCCGUUACCCUGCACUAACCACCCUGAGCUUAGCAUGUAAUAGUUUGGAGAAGUUAGAACCAAACACUUUUCAAGACUCAAAGUUGAUAGAAAGCCUUAAUUUAGCAAAUAACAAUCUUCAUAUUGGCUACCAAGAAACCAGCCUCGCGCUCAGGACUCUGCCCAGGCUCAGAGCUCUGGAUCUCUCUGAGAAUGAGCUCACUGACGAAAUGGCCGCCACUCUCCUCCAAAAUCUGACCUCCCUGGAGUACCUUAAUCUUUCUGGAAACUUCUUGAUGAGACUAGAUGAGAUGUCGUUCAGGGAUCUUCACCAACUCAAAGAGCUCGACCUACAGAGAAACAGCAUGUAUGAGAUUGAUGGUGCCUUCGACAGCAACCCCAAGCUCCAGAGACUAAACUUGGCCUUCAACUCUCUGCUUUGCCUAAUAGACUUCCACAUGGCCCAGCUUGUGGUCCUCAACGCCAGCCACAACUAUAUUGAGUGGUUCAUCUCCAGGCCAGACCUUAACGACACUUUCCAGCUAGAGACACUUGAUCUAUCACAUAACAAACUGCUUUUCUUCCCUUUCCUGCCUAAUGACAACCACUUGCGCAAUCUUUACCUAUCCCACAACAGCAUUAGGUUUUACGAACACUUGGCAGACAACAACACAUACCCGAACUUGACUACAACUGUUGAGUUCUACAAUAUGAAGAAGUACACAGGCAACGUGACGGCUCAGCUGUGGGACGACAGCCUUCACGGUGACAUCUCCUCUUUGGAGAUUUUGGAUCUAAGAGGAAACCAGGUGGAGUACUUUCCUCAAGGAUUCAUCCAGAAAAUGCCUGUCCUGUCCAGACUUCAAAUGUGCACGAACUGUCUGGAAACCUUAGAUCUCACAUCGGAGCAGUUCCCUGGCAGCUUGUAUGAGUUGGACAUUAGCAACAACAGGCUGAACCAGAUUGUAGCAGAUAGGGGUACGCUGAUCACUCUUGGUAAUCUGACGUACCUUAACCUUAGCCUUAACGCUCUUGAGGAGUUACCCUUGGGAUUUUUUUCCUCGUUGUCAAGCCUCAGGUCAGCGGAUCUCAGUUACAACAUCAUUGACAUUUGUCCUGCUGAGGAGGCUGAAACCAGUACAGACACUAGCUCUGGUUGCGCAGAUUGGACAAACAUUGUAUCUCUAACGCAGCUUUAUCUUAAGGGAUGCAACCUUCAAAGAAUUCCAUCGUCUGCAUUUGCUGGGUUGUCUUUAACGCACUUGGAACUGUCCGACAACCCUGGACUCAUUGUCGAUGAAUCAAUACAAAGUCUCAGCAGAACGUUACAGCAUCUAGGUUUAGGAAACACUCACAUACAAGACUUUGACUUCUCCCAUUUCCAAAAUUUGAAGUAUUUAAACAUUUCACAGAACUCUCUUGCCCAUCUCCCCCCUUCACUUCUAAAACUUGAACUGAAAGUGCUGGAUUUGAGGGACAACAGACUGUCCACUAUUCCCUCAGGUCACGCCAACGCAUUAGCCCCGAAACUGCACACUGUCUUCCUCACAGGAAAUCCGUUCAACUGCUGCCAAACCGAGUGGUUCAGGACAUUUGAAUCAACAAAGACAAUCAAUAUAGUCGGACAAUCAGACAUCGAGUGUGAGGAUCUCAUCCAAACGACACACAGAAUAGAGCACUCUCAGUCAUUUUUGUGUUUGGAGAUGGGCGGGGAAUCUGUACUCUGGUACAUUCUGCUUUUUUUACCCAUCUGUCUUUCAUUCGUGGGCAUUUCGGUUAUUGUUCUCCUCACAUUUAAGCCCUCAAUAAUACAAAAGUCAAUCAAAAAGAAGUGCUUGAAGCCGACGUCUUACUGAUACUUUAUAAACCCCAAACAAAACCACACUGUGUACCGUAUGCUGUUGAGAAAUGUAACUGAAUGUAUGUUGGAAAUAAAGUCACUGUAAAAGUGUU